CAUUCACAUGAACGAAUCUUUAAAGCCCCGAAUUUUGGCGCCGCGGCACCAGUAAUAUGUGUCAGGAGGAGGAGCCCAGGGGCGAAAGUGAUCCCCUAAGGCCUAAACCCUUAGACAAAACCCUAGCUCGAGCCAGGUAGGCGAAGCGAAAUGAUAUUGCUCGAGCCGGAAUUUGUAACGUUUUAUAUUAUCCCUGUGAAAAAUCGACACACAAAGGAAAAUCUCUUAAAUGACUAAAAUCCCUUCCCUCGCUCAGAAGAAUCACGGAAGUGAAAGAGGGGGCCGUGGGGUGUUCGGAGACGUCUACGUAAUGCUUCCCCAAGAGAUGGACAUUGAGAAAGCGGAUAAAUUUGAUCUUCGAUUUCAACUGCCUGACCUCAGGCACGCACUCAGAGACUUUUUUGGGACUAGAGAGGUUGGUGAGUUUGUAAGUGGAGCGUUAGCAGGGGCUAUGACUAAAGCUGUACUUGCUCCUCUUGAGACAGUCAGAACAAGAAUGGUGGUUGGUGUUGGGUCGAAAAGCAUCAUUGGAAGUUUCAUUGAGGUAAUAGAUCAGCAGGGUUGGCAGGGGCUAUGGGCUGGGAAUGCUAUCAAUAUGCUCCGUAUAAUCCCUACGCAAGCAAUUGAGUUUGGCACAUUUGAAUGUGUAAAACGAUCAAUGACUUCAUUGCAAGACAAAUGGAAACAGAAUCAAUGUCCUAAGUUGCAGAUAGGUUGCAUCAAUUUGAACUUUUCUAUGUGUUGGAUUUCUCCAGUUGCUGUGGCUGGUGCAGCUGCUGGAAUCAUGAGCACCCUUGUGUGCCAUCCCUUGGAAGUGUUGAAGGAUAGAUUGACAGUAAGUCCUGAGACCUACCCUAAUUUAGGACUUGCAGUUAGCAAAAUUUAUAAAGAUGGUGGCAUAGGUGCUUUUUAUUCUGGCAUUUCACCUACAUUAAUUGGCAUGCUUCCGUACAGUACAUGUUAUUAUUUCAUGUAUGAGACCAUGAAGCAAUCUUACUGCCAGACCAAAAAUAAGAAGUCGCUAAACCGGCCAGAGAUGCUUCUAGUUGGAGCUCUAGCAGGUUUUACUGCAAGCACUAUCAGCUUCCCCCUGGAGGUGGCCAGAAAACGCCUUAUGGUAGGAGCUUUGCAGGGUAAGUGCCCACCACACAUGGCUGCAGCGCUUGCAGAAGUCGUUCGAGAAGAGGGUCUGUUGGGGCUCUACAGAGGAUGGGGUGCAAGCUGUUUGAAGGUUAUGCCAUCCUCUGGCAUCACCUGGAUGUUCUAUGAAGCUUGGAAGGACAUAUUGCUUGUCCACAAGACUCAUACUUUAUAACUUAACAAGAAUUGGAUCAUUGUUUUUGUGAUAGUUGCCAGCUAGCUGGUUCUUGAGGUUUUCUAACCCUUUGCUAUGGAAUGGAAGUUUAGGAAAAGGUUCCAGAGCGGGGGAAAAAAUUUCAAUUGAUAAAAUGUAAUUCAAGUGUGGUGGGUGAGAAUGGGUUUUCCCACACUUCAAUAUCCAGAUAUACAAUUUGAAUAUUUUUUUUCA